AUGAAGGGCGGGAGGGGCAGCAACGGCGCGGCCACGGACCUGCUCGUCUGCUUCCCGUCGCGGGCGCACCUCGCACUCAUGCCGCCCAAGGCCAUCUGCAGCCCGUCGCGGCCGUCCGCGUCCGAGCCGGUGGUCAAGCGCCGCCACAGCACCAGCCGGGCGGGGCCGAUGCCGCCCAGCGGGCUCUACAAGUCGACCACAGCCAGGAACCCGAGCCGCCGCGGCGCGGCGGAUGUCCCCGUGGAUGACGAGCCGACGUCGCCCAAGGUGACGUGCGUGGGGCAGAUCAAGGCCCGCCCGGCCAAGCCCAAGGGCCCCGUCGGCGGAGGCGGUGGCGGUGGCGGUGGGAAGAAGACCAAGAAGGCCACGUGGCUGCAGGCGCUAGGGAUAAAAAAGGACGCCAUGGCGCUCUUGGACGCCCUGCACGGCGCUUUCAGGUUCAACGUCGCCGGCUGCUUCGGCAGCUUCCCCGGCGCCGUGGGAGUGGGGUACACUUCCGGGGAGGAUGACGACGACGAGGAAGACGAUGCGCCGCGCACCGAGAAGGAAACAGAGCACGGCGCGGCAUUGGCCCGGUGGUUCAUGGUGUUGGAGGAAGGCAAGAAGGUGUCUACCAAGAAGCUGCAGGGACAAGAGCCGGAGCAGAACCAGGAGGAGGACAAGGAGGAAGACGUGGCCCCGCCGGCGAACGCGCUGAUGCUGAUGCGGUGCCGGUCGGCGCCGGCAAAGGGGUUAGCGAGGAGGCUAGAGGCAGAGGAGUCCGAGGAUGUGAAGAGCGCCGCCAAGAAGACUCCAGAGGAAGAGAAGGAAAAGGAGAGCCUGGUGCUCAUGACAUACUCGCCGGACUUCUUCAAGGUGUCCCUUGACAUUGCCAAGGAGACUUGGAUCGUCGGCGGUGAUGACGCAGUCCUGCGCUGCCGGAGCUGGAAGCGAUGA